AUGCCGCUCUUCGCCCCCAACCCCUUCGAGCAGGACGUGGAAAAAGCUACAAAUGAAUAUAACACCAGUGAGGACUGGGGGCUUAUCAUGGAUAUCUGUGACAAAGUUGGGAGUACUCCUAAUGGAGCAAAGGAUUGCCUUAAAGCCAUCAUGAAGAGGGUAAACCAUAAAGUUCCCCACGUGGCUUUGCAAGCACUUACACUUUUAGGAGCCUGUGUAUCCAACUGUGGAAAAAUCUUCCACUUAGAAGUCUGCUCUCGUGAUUUUGCUAGUGAAGCUCGAAGUAUCAUCAAUAAGGCUCAUCCAAAAGUAUCUGAGAAGCUAAAAACUCUAAUGGUGGAGUGGUCAGAAGAGUUUCAGAAGGACCCACAGUGUAGUUUAAUAUCUGCAACCAUUAAAUCUCUGAAAGAAGAAGGUGUCACUUUUCCUGCAGCUGGAUCACAGGCUGCCACAAAUGCUGCUAAGAAUGUUUCAGCCUUGAGUAAGAACAAAGAAGAUGAAGAUAUAGCUAAAGCUAUCGAAUUGUCAUUGCAAGAGCAGAAACAGCAGCAAAUGGAAACCAAAUCCUUGUACCCAUCUGCAGAAAUUCAGCAGAACAACCAGAACUCCAGGAAGGUCCGAGCUCUCUAUGACUUUGAAGCUGUGGAGGACAACGAGCUCACUUUCAAAAGUGGAGAAAUCAUUUUUGUUUUGGAUGACAGUGACGCCAAUUGGUGGAAAGGUGAAAAUCACAGAGGAGUGGGACUGUUCCCAUCUAAUUUUGUGACUUCUGACUUGACUGUGGAGCCUGAGGCAGCAGCUGUGGAGAAAAAUUCUGUUCCUGAGGAUGCAGCAGAAGAUGUUAAGAAAGCAGAACCUGAGCCAGUUUAUAUAGAUGAGGAUAAGAUGGAUAAAACACUGCAGGUACUUCAGAGUAUAGACCCUACAGAUUUAAAGCUUGAUUCUCCAGAUCUUCUAGACUCAGAAGAUAUUUGUCAGCAGAUGGGUCCGAUGAUAGAUGAAAAACUUGAAGAGAUAGACAGAAAACACUCAGAAUUAUCUGAACUGAACGUGAAAGUUCUGGAAGCCCUGGAGCUCUAUAACAAGCUGAUGAAUGAAACCCCAAUGUACUCAGCCUACUCCAAACUCCACCAUCCUGCACAAUACCCACCCACAUCUUCUGGUGUCUCAGUGCAGUCAUAUCCUGUACAGCCACCUAGUGGAAACUACAUGAUCCAGGGUGUUCACCAAGUCACCAUCUCGCCGGGUUACAGCCUAGGACCUGAUCAGAUGGGACAGCUGAGGUCUCUGCCACAAAGCAUCAAUUCCUCUGGAGCAGCUCAGCCAGCUCAAGCUGCCUAUUUAAGCCCCGGGCCCGAUGCUGUGCUGAACCAGCCCUACGGCAGCCCCAGCCCCGCUGUCCCCUCCGCCGCCGGCACCGCAGCCUACGCCCCACAGCAGAUGGGAAUGGCCGUGGAUCUCUCAGCCUACCAGAGCAACACACCCAGCUUGCCUCAAGGACCAGCUUAUCCCCUGGCAGUUCCUGCUCAUUCCGUGCUACAGCAACAAACUAAUUACCACCAGCAGCCUCUCCUCUAAAAGCAAACCAGCUCCUGUCUCCUGCUUACCGAAUAAAGGUUGCCUGACCUAACGAUUUGGAGAAACACCUGUCACAGAUAGCCAACCCCAUUGUUUUCUUUUCCUUUGAAAUAACCCAGCAGGGUUUCAGAUAUGCAGCAGAUCUGAUUGCUGAGAAUUUGCAUAAUAUCUUGAACUAGAUUUA